AUGAUUGAAUUUCUGUUGCUGCUUCUGGCAAUAGGAAUCCCAUGGAGUUCUAAUGCCCAAGUCAACGAAAUCAAUAAUCCACCACAGCCAAGUAACAUAAUCAUAUUAGCCGGACAAAGCAACAUGGCAGGCCGAGGAGGUGUCGUAGAUGGUGUUUGGGAUGGGAUUGUUCCGCCGGAGUGCCAGCCGAACCCGUCUAUUCUCCGGCUUUCCGCUAACCUCACCUGGGAGGAAGCAAAGGAGCCGUUGCAUAAAGAUAUUGAUGUGAAUAAAACUAAUGGAGUUGGUCCGGGCAUGUCAUUUGCUAAUUAUGUUUUGUCUCGCUAUCCGGGUUUGGGGUGUAUUGGCCUAGUGCCUUGUGCCAUCGGAGGCACAAACAUAAGCCAAUGGGAGCGUGGCACCUUCUUAUACAACCAACUAAUUAACCGGGCCAACGCCGCGGUCAAAGGUGGUGGAAGUAUCCGGGCUAUUUUGUGGUAUCAAGGCGAGAGCGACACUAUUGUUUACGAGGAUUCCAUUUCUUACAAGAAGAACCUGAAGAGAUUUUUGUCACAUGUACGAGCUGAUUUAGGUUCGCCGCUACUUCCUGUCAUUCAGGUGGCGUUAGCAUCGGGCGAAGGGCCAUUUAUCGACAUUGUAAGGCAAGCUCAGUUGGGAAUCAAGCGUCCAAACGUAAGAUGUGUAGAUGCCAAGGGACUCAAAGUGCAACCGCCGGAUGAUUUGCAUCUCACUACUCAAUCUCAAGUCAAGUUAGGGCAGAUGCUGGCUGAUGCUUUUUUCCAGUUUUUGCCUCAUCCUUUACCGAUCGAUAUUUCGAACAAUAUAUUAAUGGCGUUGAUUGAAGUUCUCUUGUUGCUGUUGGCAAUGGCAAACCCAUUGCAGGCUAAUGCACCUCAGCCAAGUAACAUGUUCAUUUUAGCCGGACAAAGCAACAUGGCCGGCCGAGGAGGCGUCCUCCAGGGUGUUUGGGACGGGAUUGUUCCGCCGAAGUGCCAGCUGCACCCGUCCAUUUUCCGAUUAAAUGCAAAAUUAGCCUGGGAGCCAGCAAAAGAGCCAAUUCACAAAGACAUUGACGUAACGAAAACCAAUGGGAUUGGGCCAGGCAUGGCAUUUGCUAAUACAGUGCUACACAGGGACCCUGGCUUCGGUACCAUCGGUUUGGUGCCUUGCACAGUUGGAGAUGAGAUGGAUGCCAAAUCUUACAAGACAAAUUUGAAGAGAUUCUUCACUGAUGUCCGCAAGGACUUAAGAUUGCCAUUGAUCCCUAUCAUUCAGCUUCCGAAGAAACCUGCUGCCCAAGCAUCUGAAACAAUUACUGGACCUGUGCAGCUGAGAAAGAAGGCAUGGAAGCAGAAGCAGCUGCCGGUGGAUCAGGCGCAGCAGCAAGGUUUGAAACAACAUCAUUGCGCGCGCAAGACUGUUGAUCACGCUUCUGUCGAGGUUGUCGCCAGCCGGCAGGAUACCCAACGAGUUCAUAGCAGCGAUCUUUUGAAUGGUUGGGGUGCCCACAGUGACUGCAAGGCGGCUGAGAUUGACCAGGAGCAGAAGGGGUGGAAUCACGCCGGACCGGAGAAGACUUCGCAGCCAAAGUAG